CAGCAGCAGUAGUGCCGCCGCCGCCGCCGCGUUCGCUGUGGUCCCUUGAAGGCGGCUCCGGCCAUCGGCGAGCAUCGCCUGGAGCCAACGGCGGCCGAAGCGCUCCCUUUCCCCCCCUCCCCUCUUUUGAUUCCCUCCCGCCCUUGGAUUCCCUCGUCGUUUUAAAGCCAUGGCGGCGGCGGAAGAUGCUGCUGUGGCGGCGGCGGCGGCGGCGGUGGUGGCGGCGGCGGCAGCCGGGUGACGCCCGAGGCGGCGGAUGAGCGGCGGCCGACCGAGUUCUGGCGUGGGAAGAGGAUGCGGGAGUACAAGGUGGUGGUGCUGGGCUCGGGCGGGGUGGGCAAAUCGGCGCUCACCGUGCAGUUCGUGACGGGCACUUUCAUCGAGAAGUACGACCCCACCAUCGAAGACUUCUACCGCAAGGAGAUCGAGGUGGACGCCUCGCCGUCGGUGCUGGAGAUCCUCGACACAGCCGGCACCGAGCAGUUCGCCUCCAUGCGGGAUCUGUACAUCAAGAACGGGCAGGGCUUCAUCUUAGUCUACAGCCUGGUCAACCAGCAGAGCUUCCAGGACAUCCGCCCCAUGAGAGACCAGAUCAUCCGCGUCAAGAGAUAUGAGAAGGUCCCUGUAAUCUUGGUUGGAAAUAAAGUGGACUUGGAGAGUGAGCGAGAAGUUUCAUCCAGUGAAGGCAGAGCCCUGGCUGAAGAAUGGGGUUGUCCUUUUAUGGAGACGUCUGCUAAAAGCAAAACCAUGGUGGAUGAGCUCUUUGCAGAGAUUGUCAGACAAAUGAACUAUGCCUCUCAACCAGAUAAAGAUGACCCAUGCUGCUCUGCAUGUAAUAUACAAUAGCAUUCCAAGGAUGGGAUUGGACCUAAUUUGCUGUAUUUGGGUAAGGUGACAGAAUAGACUAUUUCACUCUGUGAUUUAAAAUUGGUCAAAAAUUCAAAGUGGAGUAGCACUGAAACUCCAAGUGAAAGAUAAAUAGUGAUCAGUUUAAUUAAAAAAAAAAAAAGAAAUUGAGAAGCUUUAUUUUCCUGCAGCACAUCUUCUGCAUGUUCUACUCUCUGGCUUAGCCAACAGAUUACAGGGUGAGCACAAUCCGUGCACAUUGGCUUGUCAGUUAACAGCUACUUGCUUUAAAUUAAGAAAAGUUUUCGGUGAAAAGGAGCGCACCAGCAAAGACCUUUUGCACUCUGCCUAUUAUUCUGUACUGAUAAGUAAAGAUUUAACAAAAGGUAUCUACUUACUGAAUUUCAGGACUUUUAUCACUUGUGGCCAAAUCAGUCAAAUAUGCUAAUUUUAUUUUUGACGCAAGUGUUGAUAAAUUUAUUGGCAAACUAAUCUACAGUUCUGUUAUUUCCUUUACAUUCAUUAUUUUCUGUGAUCCCAUGAUGCAAAAAGGAAAAUGCUCCAUCAGUACUUGAACGGAAAGAGAGAAGCUCUGGAAAAAAAAAAAAAAACCAACAGCUUGUAAAGAGAACACUGAAACAUUAAAAUAUGCUAAAUAUUCUUCAUUGUUGCUCAGAAAAUGGUGGAUUGCUUCAGCUGCUGUUCAGUCAAGAUACCAAACCAGCCCUUGCUUUACAGAGCAGGAAAUGCAUUAAUCUCUUUACUGAUCCAGGAAGAAGCAACCAUGACAUGAUGGGGUAAAAAGAAUUGUUUGGCCUUACUAAUGAGGAACAUUGCUAGCACAUUAACAAGUACCACCUUGUAAGGAAAAUGAAGCCAUGUUGUAUUCAGACGUUCCUUUUUGCAGAAACCUCACGGGGGCUGUAAAAGCAUCCUAUAUUUUUUAGUUUUAAGGAUACCAGUUUAUUUUUUUGCCUUUAAGGGCUGUGUCUUGGAUGUGAUAUACUAAUUGAGCUAUGGAAUUUAAUUUUGCCACUUUAUUAUAUCUUUACUGUUGGCGAUUCUGGUUAACUGUGUAGAAUUACUUUGUCUCAGAAGGUGAAUACAAAAUAUUUUAAUUCCAUGUGGGAAUGAGAAAAGGAUUUGUGUCUUCAGUUGCCUAACAUGCUAGUCAGGUGCUGCCAUUAAAGUGAUCCUGUUGCCCUGGUUAUUGCUGUGACAAAUAGUGAGUGAAAGCAUUGUUUUAAAAUGGUGGCUCAGCCUCUAAUUUUAAUUUAAAUAGCAGUGAAAUACUUAAAAUUUGCAUGACUUAACAGCACCAAUUAUAUCUAUUAUGUCUUACAAUCAAGGAAGUUUCCAAUCAGAAAGUCUUAAGAUUGAAAUGGUGGAAUGAUAAUGGACCUUGAUGGAUAAAUUGGCCUUUAAAAUACAAUAUCACUGAGCCUAUGGUCCAAAUACUAUCCUGAAAGAUUGGUUUCUCAAUCUUGUGAAGUAGUUCUGUAAUUUCUUGUGUAGAUGAGUGGAAAGGAAUGUAUGUUCUGUGUAUGGAUGUGUGAGUGUGUUGGUGAGUGCAACUUUUUACAAAUGCUGUAAUGAACUUGAGUUCUGAGAUUUUGCCUUGAUCAGCAGAAAAACAAACUGCAAUCUAAAGGGUAUCAAAAGCAAAUGAAUUUUUAAACGCCUUUUUAAAAAAAAAAAACACCACCACCACUUGGCCACUUUAUACCUUACAUAGUAGAACACGUUUAAUUUAGAUUAGAUCAAUUUCUAACAAUAAUGAUAUGGAUGAUUAUUGGCUAUGACUUGCCUUUGUUCUUGAAUUAUUUUUCCCUCAUAAUCAAGAGAGCAAAGAGUUGUCAUUUAAACAGCGAGGUCCUGUAAUAGAAAUGUAAUUCCUUCCCAAACCUCUUGCUGAGCUUUAAGAAUUACGGAACCUUAAUGCAGCUUUUAUUGGCAACUUCCAUGUAUUAAGGUAAAAAUUAUGAAUGAUAAUCUUUAAAUUCUUUUAGGAGAAACAUUAUGCAGCAGUAUGUCAGAAAAUAAUUUCACUGAUCAAAUAAAAGUGGAAUAAGCAGGUAUAGAAGAGUGUUGAGUGCAUCUUAUACUGAUUAAUUCCAAAAAGAAGUCCUGUAUUGCAUGUCAGAUUAUUUGAUGUAAAAAGAAUGAGGAGCAUAAAUGGCAUUUCUUUAUUUUUGUCAAGGCGUUAUUUUAAUAAGAAGCUUUGGGGGGGGAAAAAACCCGCAACUACUUUGUAGUGUAUAAUCUUCACUUACAAUAACAAUAUACUUUCAUACAAAAGUAGGUGAUUUGCUAAUUCCAAGAAACAAUUUAUAUUCAAUUUAGAUUCUGUCACUGAGUAGUAUAUUUGACCAAAAUGAUAUAAAUCAGCAAGAGGGGAUAUCCAAGGCUAUCAAUUAUAGUUACAGUUAUGUGGAUUCCCACUCUCUCAAGUCAUGAGUGUAGACCUACAGUUAGUAGCAGCUAAAAGGGAUUCCUAGUGCCAAUGCAAGAGUAUGUUCCUUUGUCAAUCCUUACCCUUCCCAAUUUGUAACAGUGAGAUACUUCGUCAUUUUCUGGCCAUCACUGUGUUUGUAAAGAUGAUCUUGCCAUUGGCUGUCCCAGAACACAGAUUUUAAAAACUAGAUCAAAACAGGCACAUUCAUCUUGGCCACAAGGUCAUUCCGACACUAUAUAUGCCACUAUUCAAGCAUACAGACAGUAGCCUCUAUAUGUAUUGGUGACAUUUUCCAAUUUAUCUGGUCGGCAAUAUUACAUACCUUGGGACUGCUUGUUGAGACUAACUACCUGUAUUGCAUUCUAAGCAGAUCCAGUAGACAUAAUUUGGGAAGGAGGACUAACAUGCCUUAAAAUAUUAUCAGUUCAUCCAAAGACCCGAUAUUCUUUGCGUAGAGCUUUGUAUUUUUCUGCAGUGGUGAGUCCCUCUUUUCCUUUGAAACUGGUUGGACAGCUCCAACAUCUGUUCAGAAUGUUUUUGUAAGAUGAUUCAGCACACAUGGAAAUAUCGAUAGCAGUUUCUGAGGAAUUCCUCAUCUGGUGGUACCAACAAUAAAUGCAGGUAGCCCUCGACUCACAACCGUAAAUUGAGCACACAUUUUUUUUGUUGCUGAGUAAAAUACAUUUGUUAUGUGAGUUUUGCCAUAUUUUUCGCCUUUUCUUGCCACAGUUAAGCUGUUGUUAAAUUAAUAACCCAGUUGUUAAGUGAAUCUAGCUUCCCCUGUUGACAUUGCUUGUCAGAAGGUGUUCACAUGAUACGGGGACACUGCAGCCGUCAUAAGCAUGAACCAGUUGCCAACCAUCCGAAUCCUGGUCAUGUGGCCAUGAGGAUGCUGUAACGGUCAUAAGUAUGAAAAUUGUCUUAAGUCACUUUUUUCAGUGACGUUACUUCGAACGGUCACUAAAUGAACUGUUGUAAGUCGAGGACUACCUGUACCAUAUAUCCCUUUAUUUAAAAAUUGCCAUUAUUAUUAUUUUUUGGUCAGCAAACAUGCUAGUAUUUUCUAUGUCAUAUAUGCCGCUUAAAGGUUUAGGGUGAGGUGACGCAUGGUCUUCAAUAUAACUGAAAUAACUCCACAAUAAAGCAAAUUUGGCAACUUUGGGAUUUUAUUGUGAAUUUUUCCUUUCUGAGUUUUCGAUCAGGUUUUAAAAAGGGAUUGCAGUGUGUUUUUGCAAAUGUAACCAUUGACAAUUUGUCAUUUCUAGAGUUGAAUAAGCAUCUUUAACAAUUGACUGUGGACCUCUGUUACAACUGAUAAAUGGGGAAAAAAAAUACUACAUUUUAUAAGUUAUCAGUUGUUUAAAUCGAAACUAUUUCAAAAUAAAACAAAUUGUACAUAGAACUCAAUGCAAACUCAGCAGUUGUAUCUGGAGUUAAAUUAUUUUAACAAAUAAAUUUAUUUAAUGAAAUGUC